AUGUUCACUUCCAUCCCCAUCCUUGCCACCAUGGUGUUGCAGGUGGAGCUCGCCCCCUGGAAGGUGGCGGCUGCCAACUACGCCGACGCGGCCUGCAGCUCCACGCUGCUGAUGGUCCUCAUCUGCGGAGCGACGGCAGCGAACGUGAGCGUCGAGAACUCCUCGAUCCCGGCCUUUGCCUCCGUGCUCGUCGGUUCCUUCUUUGCCGUCGGCGUUGUCGCCAUCAUGGCCUCGGCGUACUACUACUUCAAGCCCUUCCCGAUGUAUCCUUUCUUCAUUUGUCAUCACAGGGUGGGCGCCCAGGCGCAGGCACGGCUGCUGAAGAUGAUGCUGACGUCCAAGACAGGCAGGUUGGUCCUCACCGACACGGAUGACCUCACGGAAUUGGAUUCGUUGUUCGACACAGUCAAAACGCAAGUUCACCACCUUAGGGGCACUUUGAGCAGGCCGUGGUGCGCUGGCGAGAUCGUCACUGCAUUCAUGUGGCGCAAGCAGAUCACUGCGGUCGUUACGGACAGUUUCGUCCCGCCGAAUGAAAAGGCUUAUGCGGACAUGGCCAAGUACUUAGACUUGAGCAGCUGCUCGCUGAACCCCUUCGGCAUCACGAACGACAGUGUUGCCUCUGCGUACCGCAACCUUAUGAGCGACGACGUCAACAAAGUCCACUUGCGCAGUGACGUGAGAGGAAUCGCUCGCUUCCAGCACGUUUCCGACUUCCUCAGCGACAGUGAGGCAGUGAGUGCCGAAGGGAUUGAGACAGAUGUUUUGGCCAGCGCCGAGCCCCUUCCCAUGGAGCCCAGGGCAGUCUUGAUCUCUUCAGAGCCCGGCAACGACGAGGCUUUGGCCACCGCCCUCAUCCUUCUGCAGAAGAUCGAGCUUCAGCUGAAGGACUUCGUCCCCGAGGGGGUACGGGUCAUCGACGAGUAUGCCGGGGACGACGGCGCGAUGCUCCGUGCCGUGGAAGCCUCGCGCGCGCUGCUGGUCCUGCUCUCGCUAGGAACGCUCGCAGCCCCCGAACAGGUCACGGCGAUCGAGCAGAUCAUGCUGUCGAUCGAGAAGGCCGAGAAUGCGGGUUUGCCACCUCCCGCCGCGAUCUUCAUGUCUUUGCCCGGUUUCCAGUUUCCCGCCGACGAGUUCUACAGCGAGAAGGUCCCGAAGUUGUUGGCGGAGCCGGCCGUGCUUCCACAAGUGCAAGAUGUGUCGCAGGGGCAGGGGCCAGGAGCCAGGAUCCGCUCGUUCUUCCAGCAGGGCGCAGUUCAAUUCUCCGUCGGCGCUUCCGAGCGGAUCAUCGAGGCGCAGAUCUUGGAGGUGGUGUUUCGCGUCCCCCGCUCCGAGGAGCAGGGGGACGCCAAGGGGCGGGAAGAGCACGACGUGAAGGAGGGAACCAGUGAGCAGGGCGACGGCGACACCAUCCCAGCUGUUAUCCAUUUUUGUGUUUUUCCAGCCGUGAGGCUGCAUAUCCGGGCAGCGCGUAUUUGCAUUUCUCCCAAGCGUGAUCCGGCAGAUCCGGGCAGCGCGCCGGCGCGUAUUCUUAUCCUGUUGCCCGAGGGGCGUUCUGAUUGCUGCAGGCACGCGGGUUGA